AUGCUGCGUUUUCUCCUCGUCAUCCACCUUUCUUUCUCCUCCUUCUCCUCCAACUCCUCCUCCUUUUCUUCUUCUUCUUCUCUACUGGAAUUGACCCUUCUCACGAGCCAAUUGCUCUUUCUAACAUACUCUCAAUUUCGCUCAUCUCCUUACCAAACACUACCUGUGUCUAUACCGUUUCCUCCCUAUUUUUUCUCUAUAUCUAUCUCUUUCUCUCUCCCUCUCUCUCUCUCUCUCUCUCUAUCUAUCUAUCUAUCUAUCUAUCUAUCUCACUUUCUUUCGUUUCAAACAUCUAUCUAUCUAUCUAUCUAUCUAUCUAUCUAUCUAUCACUCUUCCGUUUUAUUUUAUUUUCUACUUGCUAUCACUCUCGUUCAUCUUAUUAUCAAACACUAUUUGUAUCUAUAGCGUUUCUGUCCUAUUUUAUCUAUCUAUCUAUCUCACUUUCUUUCGUUUCAAACAUCUAUCUAUCUAUCUAUCUAUCUAUCUAUCUAUCUAUCUAUCUAUCUAUCUAUCUUCUUUUUCUUUCGUUUCAAACAUCUAUCUAUCUAUCUAUCUAUCUAUCUCACUUUCUUUCGUUUCAAACAUCUAUCUAUCUAUCUAUCUAUCUAUCUAUCUAUCUAUCACUCUUUCCGUUUCUGUCCUAUUUUAUCUAUCUAUCUAUCUAUCUAUCUAUCUAUCUAUCUCACUUUCUUUCGUUUCAAACAUCUAUCUAUCUAUCUAUCUAUCUAUCUCACUUUCAUUCGUUUCAAACAUCUAUCUAUCUAUCUAUCUAUCUAUCUAUCUAUCUAUCUAUCUAUCUCACUUUCUUUCGUUUAAAACAUCUAUCUAUCUAUCUAUCUAUCACUCUUUCCGUUUCUGUCCUAUUUUAUCUAUCUAUCUAUCUCACUUUCUUUCGUUUCAAACAUCUAUCUAUCUAUCUAUCUAUCUAUCUCACUUUCUUUCGUUUCAAACAUCUAUCUAUCUAUCUAUCUAUCUCACUUUCUUUCGUUUCAAACAUCUAUCUAUCUAUCUAUCUAUCUAUCUAUCUAUCUAUCUAUCACUCUUUCCGUUUCUGUCCUAUUUUAUCUAUCUAUCUAUCUAUCUCACUUUCUUUCGUUUCAAACAUCUAUCUAUCUAUCUAUCUAUCUAUCUAUCUCACUUUCUUUCGUUUCAAACAUCUAUCUAUCUAUCUAUCUAUCUAUCUCACUUUCUUUCGUUUUAUCUAUCUAUCUAUCUAUCUAUCUAUCUCACUUUCUUUCGUUUCAAACAUCUAUCUAUCUAUCUAUCUAUCUAUCUCACUUUCUUUCGUUUCAAACAUCUAUCUAUCUAUCUAUCUAUCUAUCUCACUUUCUUUCGUUUCAAACAUCUAUCUAUCUAUCUAUCUAUAUCUAUCUAUCUAUCUAUUUAUUUCUAUCAUAUCUCACUCUCGUUCAUCUCGUUUCAAAAACAUCUAUAGCGUUUCUGUCUAUUUAUCUAUCUAUCUAUCUAUCUACUCUUUCUUUUUUCAAAUUUUAUUAUCUAUCUAUGCUCUAUCACUCUUUCGUUCAUCUAUUUUAUCAAACUCUAUUUGUAUCUAUAGCGUUUCUGUCUAUUUUUCUGUCCUAUUUAUCUAUCUAUCUAUCUAUCUAUCUAUCUAUCUCACUUUCUUUCGUUUCAAACAUCUAUCUAUCUAUCUAUCUAUCUAUCACUCUUUCGUUUUAUUUUAUUUUCUACAUGCUCUCACUCUCCGUUUCUGUCCUAUUUUAUCUAUCUAUCUAUCUAUCUAUCUAUCUAUCUCACUUUCUUUCGUUUCAAACAUCUAUCUAUCUAUCUAUCUAUCACUCUUUCGUUUUAUUUUAUUUUUACAUGCUCUCUAUCUCUCGUUCAUCUCCUUAUCAAACACUAUUUGUAUCUAUAUCGUUUCUGUCUAUUUUAUCUAUCUAUCUAUCUCACUUUCUUUCGUUUCAAACAUCUAUCUAUCUAUCUAUCUAUCUAUCUCACUUUCUUUCUUUUUUCAAACAUCUAUCUAUCUAUCUAUCUAUCUAUCUCACUUUCUUUCGUUUUCAAACAUCUAUCUAUCUAUCUAUCUAUCUAUCUAUCUAUCUAUCUCUCACUUUCGUUCAUCUCCUUUCAAAACUAUCUAUCUAUCUUUCUAUCUAUUUAUCUAUCUAUCUAUCUCAUCUAUCUCGUUUCAAACAUCGUUUCAAUCUAUCUAUCUAUCUAUCUAUCUAUCUAUCACUCUUUCGUUUUAUUUUAUUUUCUACAUGCUCUCACUCUCGUUCAUCUCCUUAUCAAACACUAUUUGUAUCUAUAGCGUUUCUGUCCUAUUUUUUAUCUAUCUAUCUAUCUAUCUAUCUCACUUUCUUUCGUUUCAAACAUCUAUCUAUCUAUCUAUCUAUCUAUCUAUCUCUUUCGUUUUAUUUCAAACAUCUAUUUUCUAUCUAUGCUUUCUUUCGUUUUAUUUUAUUUUCUCAUGCUCUCGUUCAUCUCCUUAUCAAACACUAUUUGUAUCUAUAGCGUUUCUGUCCUAUUUUAUCUAUCUAUCUAUCUAUCUAUCUAUCUAUCUAUCUUUCUUUCGUUUCAAACAUCUAUCUAUCUAUCUAUCUAUCUAUCUAUCUCACUUUCUUUCGUUUCAAACAUCUAUCUAUCUAUCUAUCUAUCUAUCUCACUUUCUUUAUUUUCAAUCUAUCUAUCUAUCUAUCUCGUUAUCUAUCUAUCUAUUUGUAUCUAUUUUCACUUUCUUUCGUUUCAAUCUAUCUAUCUAUCUAUCUAUCUAUCAUCUUUCUUUCUUUCGUUUCAAACAUCUAUCUAUCUAUCUAUCUAUCUAUCUAUUUCUUUCUUUCCUUUCAAAUUUUCUAUCUAUCUAUCGUUCAUCUAUCUUAUCUAUCACUAUUUAUCUCUUUCGUUUCAAACAUUUAUCUAUCUAUCUAUCUAUCUCACUUUCUUUCGUUUCAAACAUCUAUCUAUCUAUCUAUCUAUCUAUCUAUCUAUCUAUCUUCAUUUUUCUUUCGUUUCAAAAUCUAUCUAUCUAUCUAUCUAUCUAUCUAUCUAUCUAUCACUCUUUCAUUUUACUUUUAUUUUCGUUUCUGUCCUAUUUUAUAUCUAUCUAUCUAUCUCGUUCUUCCUUUUCAAACAUCUAUCUAUCUAUAUCGUUUAUCUGUCUAUCUAUCUAUCUAUCUAUCUAUCUCACUUUCUUUCGUUUCAAACAUCUAUCUAUCUAUCUAUCUAUCUAUCUAUCUCACUUUCUUUCGUUUCAAACAUCUAUCUAUCUAUCUAUCUAUCUAUCUAUCUAUCACUCUUUCCGUUUCUGUCCUAUUUUAUCUAUCUAUCUAUCUAUCUCACUUUCUUUCGUUUCAAACAUCUAUCUAUCUAUCUAUCUAUCUAUCUAUCUAUCUCACUUUCUUUCAAACAUUUCAAACAUCUAUCUAUCUAUCUAUCUAUCUAUCACUCUUUUGUUUAUUUUAUUUUCUAAUCAUGCUCUCACUCUUUUUCAUCUAUCCCUAUCAAACACUAUUUUAUCUAUAGCGUUUCUGUCCUAUUUUAUCUAUCUAUCUAUCUAUCUAUCUAUCUAUCUAUCUAUCUCACUUUCUUUCGUUUCAAAAUCUAUCUAUCUAUCUAUCUAUCUAUCUAUCUAUCUAUCUAUCUAUCUAUCUCACUUUCUUUCGUUUCAAACAUUUAUCUAUCUAUCUAUCUAUCUAUCUAUCUAUCACUCUUUCCGUCUCUGUCCUAUUUUAUCUAUCUAUCUAUCUAUCUAUCUUUCUUUCGUUUCAAACAUCUAUCUAUCUAUCUAUCUAUCUAUCUAUCUAUCUAUCUAUCUAUCUCACUUUCUUUCGUUUCAAACAUCUAUCUAUCUAUCUAUCUAUCUCACUUUCUUUCGUUUCAAACAUCUAUCUAUCUAUCUAUCUCACUUUCUUUCGUUUCAAACAUCUAUCUAUCUAUCUAUCUAUCUAUCACUCUUUUCGUUUCUGUCCUAUUUUAUCUAUCUAUCUAUCUAUCUAUCUAUCUAUCUAUCUCACUUUCUUUCGUUUCAAACAUCUAUCUAUCUAUCUAUCUAUCUAUCUAUCUAUCUAUCUAUCUAUCUAUCUCACUUUCUUUCGUUUAAAACAUCUAUCUAUCUAUCUAUCUAUCUAUCUAUCACUCUUUCCGUUUCUGUCCUAUUUUAUCUAUCUAUCUAUCUCACUUUCUUUCGUUUUUAUCUAUCUAUCUAUCUAUCUAUCUAUCUAUCUCACUUUCUUUCGUUUCAAACAUCUAUCUAUCUAUCUAUCUAUCUAUCUCACUUUCUUUCGUUUCAAACAUCUAUCUAUCUAUCUAUCUAUCUAUCUAUCUAUCUAUCUAUCUCACUCUUUAUGUUUCAAACAUCUAUCUAUCUAUCUAUCUAUCUAUCUAUCUAUCCUCUUUCCGUUUCUGACUCUAUUUUUAUCUAUCUAUCUAUCUAUCUAUCUAUCUAUCUCACUUUCUUUCGUUUCUUUCAAACAUCUAUCUAUCUAUCUAUCUAUCUAUCUAUCUAUCUCAUCUAUCUUUCUUUCGUUUCAAACAUCUAUCUAUCUAUCUAUCUAUCUAUCUCACUUUCUUUCGUUUCAAACAUCAUCUAUCUAUCUAUCUAUCUAUCUACUUUCUUUCGUUUCAAACAUCUAUCUAUCUAUCUAUCUAUCUAUCUCACUUUCUUUCGUUUCAAACAUCUAUCUAUCUAUCUAUCUAUCUCACUUUCUUUCGUUUCAAAUAUCUAUCUAUCUAUCUAUCUAUCUAUCUAUCUCACUUUCUUUCGUUUCAAACAUCUAUCUAUCUAUCUAUCUAUCUCACUUUCUUUCGUUUCAAACAUCUAUCUAUCUAUCUAUCUAUCUAUCUAUCUAUCUAUCUAUCUAUCACUCUUUCCGUUUCUGUCCUAUUUUAUCUAUCUAUCUAUCUAUCUCACUUUCUUUCGUUUCAAACAUCUAUCUAUCUAUCUAUCUAUCUAUCUCACUUUCUUUCGUUUCAAACAUCUAUCUAUCUAUCUAUCUAUCUAUCACUCUUUCCGUUUCUGUCCUAUUUUAUCUAUCUAUCUAUCUAUCUAUCUAUCUAUCUAUCUCACUUUCUUUCGUUUCAAACAUCUAUCUAUCUAUCUAUCACUCUUUCCGUUUCUGACCUAUUUUAUCUAUCUGUCUAUCUAUCUAUCUAUCUAUCUCACUUUCUUUCGUUUCAAACAUCUAUCUAUCUAUCUAUCUAUCUAUCUAUCUAUCUAUCUAUCUAUCUAUCUCACUUUCUUUCGUUUCAAAAAUCUAUCUAUCUAUCUAUCUAUCUAUCUCACUUUCUUUCGUUUCAAACAUCUAUCUAUCUAUCUAUCUAUCUAUCUAUCUAUCUAUCUAUCUCACUUUCUUUCGUUUCAAACAUCUAUCUAUCUAUCUAUCUAUCUAUCUCACUUUCUUUCGUUUCAAACAUCUAUCUAUCUAUCUAUCUAUCACUCUUUCCGUUUCUGUCCUAUUUUAUCUAUCUAUCUAUCUAUCUCACUUUCUUUCGUUUCAAACAUCUAUCUAUCUAUCUAUCUAUCUCUAUCUAUAUCUUUCUUUCGUUUCAAACAUCUAUCUAUCUAUCUAUCUAUCUAUCUAUCUAUCUAUCUAUCACUCUUUUUCUAUUUUUAUUUUAUUUUCUACAUCUCUAUCUAUCUAUCGUUCAUCUCUUAUCAAACACUAUUUCUAUCUAUCGUUUCUGUCCUAUUUUAUCUAUCUAUCUAUCUAUCUCACUUUCUUUCGUUUCAAACAUCUAUCUAUCUAUCUAUCUAUCUAUCUCACUUUCGUUUUUCGUUUCAAACUAUCUAUCUAUCUAUCUAUCUAUCUAUCUCACUUUCUUUCGUUUCAAACAUCUAUCUAUCUAUCUAUCUAUCUAUCUAUCUAUCACUCUUUCUUUUAUUUUAUUUUCUACAUGCUCUCCUUCGUUCAUCUCCUUAUCAAAUCUAUUUCUAUCUAUCGUUUCUGUCCUAUUUUAUCUAUCUAUCUAUCUCACUUUCUUUCGUUUCAAACAUCUAUCUAUCUAUCUAUCUAUCUAUCUAUCUAUCUAUCUAUCACUCUUUCGUUUUAUUUUAUUUUCUACAUGUCUCUCACUCUCGUUCAUCUCCUUAUCAAACACUAUUUGUAUCUAUAGCGUUUCUGUCCUAUUUUAUCUAUCUAUCUAUCUAUCUAUCUAUCUAUCUCACUUUCUUUCGUUUCAAACAUCUAUCUAUCUAUCUAUCUAUCUAUCUCACUUUCUUUCGUUUCAAACAUCUAUCUAUCUAUCUAUCUAUCUAUCACUCUUUCCGUUUCUGUCUAUUUAUCUAUCUAUCUAUCUAUCUCACUUUCUUUCGUUUCAAACAUCUAUCUAUCUAUCUAUCUAUCUAUCUAUCUCACUUUCUUUCGUUUCAAACAUCUAUCUAUCUAUCUAUCUAUCUAUCUAUCUCACUUUCUUUCGUUUCAAUCUAUCUAUCUAUCUAUCUAUCUAUCUAUCUAUCUCUGCUCUUUCUUUCUUUCGUUUCAAACAUCUAUCUAUCUAUCUAUCUAUCUAUCUAUCUAUCUAUCUAUCUAUCUAUCUCACUUUCUUUCGUUUCAAACAUCUAUCUAUCUAUCUAUCUAUCUAUCUAUCUAUCUCACUUUCUUUCGUUUCAAACAUCUAUCUAUCUAUCUAUCUAUCUAUCUAUCUAUCUAUCUAUCUAUCACUCUUUCCGUUUCUGUCCUAUUUUAUCUAUCUAUCUAUCUAUCUCACUUUCUUUCGUUUCAAACAUCUAUCUAUCUAUCUAUCUAUCUAUCUCACUUUCUUUCGUUUCAAACAUCUAUCUAUCUAUCUAUCUAUCUAUCUAUCUCACUUUCUUUCGUUUCAAACAUCUAUCUAUCUAUCUAUCUAUCUAUCUAUCUCACUUUCUUUCGUUUCAAACAUCUAUCUAUCUAUCUAUCUAUCUAUCUAUCUAUCUAUCUCACUUUCUUUCGUUUCAAACAUCUAUCUAUCUAUCUAUCUAUCUAUCUAUCUAUCUCACUUUCUUUCGUUUCAAACAUCUAUCUAUCUAUCUAUCUAUCUAUCACUCUUUCCGUUUCUGUCCUAUUUUAUCUAUCUAUCUAUCUAUCUAUCUAUCUAUCUAUCUAUCUCACUUUCUUUCGUUUCAAACAUCUAUCUAUCUAUCUAUCUAUCUAUCUAUCUCACUUUCUUUCGUUUCAAAAUCUAUCUAUCUAUCUAUCUAUCUAUCUAUCUAUUUCCUUUUUUCUGUCUAUUUCUAUCUAUCUAUCUAUCUAUCUAUCUCACUUUCUUUCGUUUCAAACAUCUAUCUAUCUAUCUAUCUAUCUAUCUAUCUCACUUUCUUUCGUUUCAAACAUCUAUCUAUCUAUCUAUCUAUCACUCUUUCCGUUUCUGACCUAUUUUAUCUAUCUAUCUAUCUAUCUAUCUAUCUCACUUUCUUUCGUUUCAAACAUCUAUCUAUCUAUCUAUCUAUCUAUCUAUCUCACUUUCUUUCGUUUCAAACAUCUAUCUAUCUAUCUAUCUAUCUAUCUAUCUCACUUUCUUUCGUUUCAACAUCUAUCUAUCUAUCUAUCUAUCUAUCUAUCUAUCUAUCUAUCACUCUUUCCGUUUCUGUCCUAUUUUAUCUAUCUAUCUAUCUAUCUCACUUUCUUUCGUUUCAAACAUCUAUCUAUCUAUCUAUCUAUCUAUCUAUCUCACUUUCUUUCGUUUCAAACAUCUAUCUAUCUAUCUAUCUAUCUAUCUAUCACUCUUUCCGUUUCUGUCUAUUAUUUAUCUAUCUAUCUAUCUAUCUAUCUCACUUUCUUUCGUUUCAAACAUCUAUCUAUCUAUCUAUCUAUCUAUCUAUCUAUCUCACUUUCUUUUUUCAAACAUCUAUCUAUCUAUCUAUAUCUAUCUAUCUAUCUAUCUAUCUUUCUUUCGUUCUAAACAUCUAUCUAUCUAUCUAUCUAUCUCACUUUCUUUCGUUCAAACAUCUAUCUAUCUAUCUAUCUAUCUAUCUAUCUAUCUAUCUAUCUAUCUAUCUAUCACUCUUUCCGUUUCUGUCCUAUUUUAUCUAUCUAUCUAUCUAUCUCACUUUCUUUCGUUUCAAACAUCUAUCUAUCUAUCUAUCUAUCUAUCUAUCUAUCUAUCUAUCUAUCUCACUUUCUUUCGUUUCAAACAUCUAUCUAUCUAUCUAUCUAUCUAUCUAUCUAUCUAUCUAUCUCACUUUCUUUCGUUUCAAACAUCUAUCUAUCUAUCUAUCUAUCUACUCUUUCCGUUUCUGUCCUAUUUUAUCUAUCUAUCUAUCUAUCUAUCUAUCUCACUUUCUUUCGUUUCAAACAUCUAUCUAUCUAUCUAUCUAUCUAUCUAUCUAUCUAUCUAUCUAUCUAUCUAUCUAUCUCACUUUCUUUCGUUUCAAACAUCUAUCUAUCUAUCUAUCUAUCUAUCUAUCUCACUUUCUUUCGUUUCAAACAUCUAUCUAUCUAUCUAUCUAUCUAUCUAUCUAUCUAUCUAUCUAUCUAUCUAUCACUCUUUCGUUUUAUUUUAUUUUCUACAUGCUCUCACUCUCGUUCAUCUCCUUAUCAAACACUCUUUGUUUCUAUAGCGUUUCUGUCUAUUUUAUCUAUCUAUUUAUCUAUCUAUCUAUCUAUCUAUCUAUCUAUCUCACUUUCUUUCGUUGCGAAAAAAUAUUAGAUUCUUGUUAA